GCUCCCUCCCUUAAGUCUUUGGAGAUUCGCCAGCAAACACGUUGGUGCUUGGGUGCACAGCUAGCCUCGAAUUGUCUCAUCUGCUUCGUCCCUUGACUCGCGCUUGCAGUCUCUCCUAUCGACAUCCGGAAAACGGUUUCGACAGUCGAGUAGAUUUUCCACAACCACCGCUUCCGGGAGUGACAUCGAGCUUGAUAGAAAGCGGUCGCGAUCCGAGUAAGAACCACAAUGUCGGAGACGUCCUCGGCCGACACACUGGGCCCGCCUGCUAUGUCGUCCCGGACCGAGACUACGGCGUUGCUACCGAAGCCCCCGGCGGUCAAGUCGAAAGAACCCCGCGCAGUCCGGCCCUGGCUGGCCGAAAUCCUCUUGCUGGCCAAAGCCGCUGUCCCGGUUAUCCUGGCGUACACAUUGCAGAACAGCCUGCAAACCAGCAGCGUUCUUAUUGUUGGCAGACUGAGCCCGGAGGCACUCGCCACCGCUGCCUUCAGCUACAUGUUCGCCAUGGCGACAGCCUGGCUUAUUGCUCUGGGUGGUACGACAGCGCUCGACACUCUUGCGUCGAGUAGCUUCACGGGAUCUUCGAACAAGCACGACUUGGGCAUUCUUUUGCAGAGAGGUAUCCUUGUCUUGUCGGCAUUUUAUGCUGUGGUGGCAGUGCUGUGGUGGUUUUCCGAACCGGUGUUCCGGGCGCUGGGCCAAGAAGAGUUCAUCUGCGUGCAAAGCUCGGCGUUUCUGCGAUGCCUGAUCCCGGGCGGGUUGGGGUACGUGUGGUUCGAGGCCAUGAAGAAGUAUUUGCAGGCCCAAGCGAUUUACCGCCCAGGCACAUAUGUGCUGUUGAUUACAUCUCCGAUGAACGCCGUGCUCAACUAUCUGUUCAUCCACACUUUCGGCCUCGGCCUGUAUGGUGCUCCCUUGGCCACAGGUAUCUCGUACUGGGUAUCGUUUCUCCUUCUUGUUGCCUAUGCAGUCUUCGUCCGCGGCAAGGAAUGCUGGGGUGGCCUGGAACUUCGGAAAGCUAUCAGAAAUAUUGGGCCCUUUUCUAAGCUCGCACUUCUUGGAGUCGUCCAUGUUGGCACUGAGUGGUGGGCUUUCGAGAUUGUGGCUCUGGCUGCCGGAAGACUUGGCACUAUCCCGUUGGCGGCUCAGUCUGUCAUCAUGACGGCGGACCAAAUCAUCAACACGAUUCCCUUCGGUCUUGGGGUAGCAGCAUCGGCAAGACUAGGAAAUCUACUGGGAGCGCAGCGGCCUCGGGAUGCGGCGAUAGCAGCACACUCGGCAGCAAUCCUGUCUGUGAUACUCGGAAGCGUGGUGCUUACUGUGCUCAUGGCGACGAAGGAUGUGUUCGGUAAGAUCUUCAACGACGAUGAACGCGUGGUGCAGCUUGUAGGCGAGGUGAUGCCGUACGUCGCACUUUUCCAGAUAGCAGACGGUCUGAACGGAUCGUGUGGUGGUGCCCUUCGAGGCAUGGGCCGUCAGUGGGUCGGGGCUGUGGUGAACCUCGUCAGCUACUACGGCGGAGCUCUCCCCGCCGGCAUCUACCUCGCCUUUCAUGGCUGGGGUCUCGCCGGCCUGUGGGUAGGACAAUGUGUUGCAUUGUAUCUGGUCGGAGCGUUGGAAUGGGUUAUUGUUGGGUUUAGUAAGUGGGAAAAGGAGUGCCAACGAGCCAUCGACCGACUGGAUGACAGUAGCAGCGACGACGAGGUUGAAUCAGAAAGUACCGCCUCCGGCACGGUAUGAAAAGAACGGCAAUUAAACGGAGCCGAAAAUCGGGGAUGCAGAUCCGGAAUGCGGCAGUAAGAAAGCAGAUCAGAAGAUUAAAUUAUAUGAGCAAAUAUGCGUAGCUAAGUGGCAUUUGAACGAGUUGAUUUAUGUGCUCAUUAUCACGAGCUGUACUUUGAGUAUUACCUUGGCCAGUAGACUCCUACCUUGCAAAAAUCACACAUAUAGCACAUGACACUUGGAAACACAGGAGCUGCAGC